AUGUCACAACCUGUGACUACAUCUCCAAAUCCAGUUCUCUUCAAUAUAGAAUAUAACAGAGCUGGAGAAAUAGAGCCAAUUGUACUUCAUGAGCAUUCAAAUGUAAGACAACGCAAAAUUGAGGACAUGCCCAGGAAAUCUGAAGACCAGCAAGAUGCUACCUUGGAUGAACACAAAGUUCAUGAAAUUCCUCUUGAAGAUGAAAGCACCCAGAGCACUGCAAGUUUGGGGAGGCAGAGUAUCAGAAAGCCGAGCAAGCUUGAGGACUGGACCAGCCAAGAAGACAGCAUGCAAAGUAGCAGCUCAGGAUAUCCCAAUAUCAAGGAACCACAAAACCCCCAAGAUACUGCCAGUAGAUGUACAAACCCCUACGCUGACCUAGUGCACUGCUUACGUGCUACCUGGCUGACAGGAAAGACAUGUCCAAAAGAAUAUCGGAUCCAUCAACUGGAGGCCCUAUGCCACUUUCUGGAUGAAAGGCACGUAGAUAUCCAGCAUGCCCUGUGUGCAGACCUACACAAGCCCUGCUUUGAAACUGAGUUCACGGAGGUUUUGUUGGUCAGAAAUGAACUGGCCAACGCUCUUAACAACUUAAGCUACUGGAUGAAGGAUGAAAAUGUGCACAAGAAUCUAUUGACACUGAUGGAUUGUGCCUUCAUUCGCAAGGAUCCAUAUGGUGUGGUGCUGAUCAUUGCACCCUAUAACUAUCCUAUCCAUCUUACUUUGAUGCCCCUUGUGGGUGCCAUUGCAGCUGGGAAUUGUGUGGUUCUCAAGCCUUCAGAAUUAAGCAGCUGCACCGAAAGGCUCCUUGCAAAAGCAUUGCCUUGUUAUAUGGAUCCACAAACCUUUGCUGUGGUGACAGGUGGUCCUGAAGAAACUGAUAAAUUACUGGAAAAUAAAUUUGAUUAUAUCUUCUAUACAGGGAAUAACCAUGUAGGAAAGAUCGUCAUGACUGCUGCAGCAAAACAUCUGACACCACUGAGUCUAGAACUGGGGGGGAAAUGUCCCUGUUAUGUGGAUAGGUGCUGCAAUUUCCAGAAUGCAGCCAACCGAAUUGUAUGGGGAAAAUGCAUCAAUGCUGGACAGACAUGCAUUGCACCAGAUUAUGUGAUCUGUACAGUUGAAGCACAAGAAAAGUUGUUGCCUUGCCUGCGCCAAGCUAUCUGUGAAUUUUUUGGCCAUGACCCCAAGGAAUCACCUGAUUUUGGCCGCAUGAUCAAUGACAAGCAGUUCCAGCGUGCCCGAGCUUUGCUGGAAUGUGGCCAUGUGGCCAUUGGUGGAGAGACCGAUGAGUGUGAGCGUUACAUUGCUCCCACAGUGUUGGUGAAUGUGAAAGAGUACGAUCCAGUCAUGCAGGAGGAAAUUUUUGCACCCAUCCUGCCAAUAUUCAUUGUGAGAGAUAUGGAAGAAGCCAUAGAUUUCAUCAAUUGCAGAGAACGUCCACUAGCUGUGUAUGCCUUCUCCUCUGACUGCAAGGUUGUGAACCAGGUACUGGAUCACACUAGCAGUGGUGGCUUUUGCGGUAACGAUGUUGGCUUGCAGGCAACAUCGGUUUCCCUACCAUAUGGUGGCAUAGGACACAGUGGCUUUGGCCAAUACCAUGGCAAAUUUUCUUUCGAUACGUUUACUCACUUCCGUGGCUGUCUUUUGCGUUGCAUGGGCAUGGAGCUAAUGAACAAAAUACGCUAUCCUCCGUACAGCAAUAAGAAAUUGAGAGCACUUGUUUGUGCUAUGGAGAUCAGGCGCCAUUGGUUGUGA